UAAACGUUAAACUUUCGUGCACGCUUUUCAUCCGCUAGGUGGUGUUAUUCAGUCUAAUGAUUCAGAAUCGUGCAUAGCAGGGUUCUAAAAAUGACUGAUGUUACAGAUGAAUCAGUGCACAUUAUGGCAGAAAAUAAAGUUGGAGCGAAUUCAAGUAGUAAUAGAUGUUUUUGUUGCACUUGUGGUCAGAAGUUUUUUAAUUUGCGAAAUUUACAUAAACACAUGAAAUUACAUAUUGAAGAUGAAAGUUAUGCCUGUAAUAUUUGUCAAAAGACAUUUAAUCAAAAUAUUGAUUUUGAAAAUCAUUUAAAACUACAUAUCAAGGAAAAAUUUCAUCAGUGUAGUAAGUGUGGUCAAUAUAUUUCGAAUAGUAGUCUGCAAGAUCAUAUAAAAAUUCAUAGUAGAAAGCAACUUCAUAGUUGUAAUAUAUGUGGCAAAAACUUCAAACAUAUAAGUAUUUUGCAUAAACAUCAGAGAAUUCACAAUGAAAAACAAAUACAUAUUUGUCAUAUGUGUAAUAAAAAAUUUUCGAAAAUACAAAAUUUACAUAAGCAUAUAAAAUCACACAUUGUUGAAGAUGUAAAAUGUACAUAUAAAAUGUAUGACAAAUGUAAUGUUUGUGAAAAGACAUUCAACCAAUAUACUGAUUUUGAAAAUCAUAUAAAAACACAUAUAAAAGAAAAAUUUCAUGUAUGUGAUAGAUGUGGCCAGUGUUUUUCAAGAAAUAGUUGCCUUCAGGAGCAUAUGAGAAUUCAUACUGGAGAAAGACCAUACAAGUGUAAAACAUGUGGUAAAAGUUUUACGCAUAGCAGUACUCUGCGAAGACAUCGAACAAUUCAUAGUGGAAAACGGCCUUAUGUUUGUAAUGUUUGUGGACAAAGAUUUACUCAAACUGCUGGCUUGCAUAGGCAUGAAAGAGUGCAUCUUGGUGAAUGUUAUUUUUGUGAUAUAUGCAAAAAAACUUAUACUAGGAAAACUGGUCUCUUAUUACAUUAUGAAAGAAGACAUGUUGAUAAAAAUCAUACAUGUAAAUUAUGUGGUAAAGAAUUUUCAAAGAACAUUGAACUAAAGAAACAUAGCAACUGUCAUAUUAAAAAGAACACACUACUUGAAACUACUAUGGAUGAAUUAAAACAAGAAAAAGCUGAAUUAAAAGAAACUGAAUAUAAUUCUGUAGAAUGCCAAGCAACAGAAGAAGAAUAUGAUGUUAUUUUCAUUGUUUCUAAUAAUGAGAAUGGACCGACAAUUUUACAAAAGUAUCCAGGUUCUGAAAAUGAAGGGUGUCAUAUGUGUAAAGUUUGUGGAGAACAGUUUAUUAAGAAUGAUGCCUUACAAGAACAUUUAAAAUCACAUAUUGAGGAAGUUUAUAUUUGCAAUAUAUGUGGUGAAACAUGUUCUGAAUUGAGUGUUUUUGAAGAGCAUCAGAAAUCUCAUACUGCACACCAAUAUUUGUAUGUGAUUUGUGAUGAAAAUUUUCCAAACAAUGGAGCAAAGGAAACAGUAAAUGUAACAGAAGUUAAAAGUGAUCACAUGUACAAUAGAGAAGACAAUGCUACCGAAUUGGCCGAGUCAAAUGCAAUUGGUUUUUGUCGAAUGGAAGAAGAACUUGUUUCAAAUGCCAAUGAUGUUGAAAUUUCUCUUAUAAAAGAGCAGGAAAAUGCAGAUUAUGCAUGUGAAGCAUGCGGUAAGAAAUUUCUGCAAAAUGCCCAAUAUCAGAAGCACAAGAAGAUUCACGAACGAGAACGAGAUCGUUCUCUUGUUUGUGACACGUGCGGACGACAAUUUUCCAGAACCAGUUGUCUUAACGAUCACAAGAAAAUACAUACUGGAGAAAGACCAUACACCUGUGAUACUUGUGGCAGAAGCUUUGCCCAAAGUAGUAUCCUACAACGGCACAAGCGAAUUCAUAGUGGUGAGCAGCCUUACGUUUGUCCCAUAUGUGGCCAGAAAUUUACCCAAAGUGCAGGUUUGCACAGGCAUCAAAGAGUGCAUCUAGGGGAACGUCAUAUUUGUGACAUAUGUCAUAAAGGAUACACAAGAAAAACUGGUCUAAUCUUACACCGUCGCUUACAUACAGGUGAACAGCCAUAUGCCUGUGAAAAAUGUAAAAAAAGAUUUACUAAAAAUAGUUAUUUGCAAAAGCAUAUAGUAAAAUGCCACAUCAAAGCAGAAGUUAAUUUGUAAUCCCAUAUAAUUCCAAUGAUUAACAAUGAAUUAUGAUUCAUUAUUGUUCAUAAAUCAAAAUGAGACCAUGUAUAUUAUUGCUGUCCAAUACAUAAAUGCUUCUUUCCAUAAUUGAACAGACAUAUAAUACUUAUAUCAUGUUAUUAUUUCACCUAUAUUUCUGUUUAAUUAAUAAAAAGUAAUAUUUCUGUCACAGUUUCAACUGUUAUUUGUAUAUUAUUUUUAUUUUUGUAAAUUUGCCCUUUUCUAUAAUUACAUGCACAUUUCAUUAUAUACAUAUUAGAUAUCAACAAUCAAGUUUCACUAUAUACAGUAAUAAACUUUAUAACUUAAGGUAAAUUCUAAUAUUAACAAUAGAAUUAAUAUUUCAAAAAAUUAAUUUAAAUCAGAAAAAACAAAGAAUUGAAAAUGAGCCAUUUAAAAAUAGUUUUAAAAAAUGAAAUUAAAUCAAUUAUUUUUUUACUUUCUUCAAGAAAUUGUAAAUUUUGUUGAUUGUAAGUGGUAGUGAUGUAAGAGUUAUAAAAUGUUCUCAAGGCUUAAGCUGGGCCAUAACAAAUGAUUUUUCUGCUCAACGUGGUCCGUUGGUCGAUUUUGACGUUACGAAACGUGCUGCCUGAUAAGUAACUUAAUUCGAGACGACAAUCCAGAACGCAGGGUAGGAUUUAGAAGUAAGCUGCAGCUUAGGGCCUCGAGUUUCAAAGAGUCUCGAAAAAUUUUACAAAAAAGAAAAUUGAAGUCAAAUUUCUAGUGAUUUCUUCUAUUUAAUUAUAUGAUUUAUUUUUAUAGGUAGCUUUUUUUGCAAUAAAAAAAAUCACGAAAAGGAAUUUUUAGUGUUUCCCCUUUUAAAUUGUACCUUAUAUGUUGCAAAUACUUCUUAACAAUAAAACAUUAAAAUCAAUAUGAUGUUCUCUUCUUUUUAUGAUUGAUUCCUAAAAUUGUAAAGGAUUGAUAAGGGGCCUCGCACAGAGUUCGAAAUACCUAAAUUCGGUCCUGCCGGAACGUGCUCCACUCGGGUGUCCGACCACAUAAGCCCAUCCAUUUUUCAUUCGUUUGUUUUUAUUUCCUUCUCAUUUGUUAAAUUAAAAUACAUUCGACCCCCUAUA